AUGUUUCUUCGAAGUUUGCAGGAAUUAUUUGCGAGCGUUGGCCUUUCAAACACCGACCAAGAAGAAUCACACGUACUUCACCAGAACAUCACUGGUUUCGAUGUCGGCGAUAUCGAACGUCGAGCCAUCGUCGAGAGGCUCGCAGCAUGGCAAGUCUGCAGCGCAGCGUGGUCCAUUGUGUUGGCCCGCCACACUUCUCAAAGUUCCUUUGAUUUCAUAGCGACGAAUGUAUUGCCCCAAAAACCUCCAAAUGGAUUGAAAUUGAGCCUUUUAAUAGACGUUCAUACCUCUGUUGAUGAGGAUAACACAUUUUCGGAAUUGCUACACAAGCAUUUGGACUUCUCCGUUCACGACGAUCAAUCCGACCGCGCCACGAUCUCGUCUAACGUGAUCGUUUACCCCUUCAAUUUCCCUGUUGGAACUACGGAAAUGCCUCUACCUCCACAGAUCAAGUCAGAUAUUACAAUCCAAUUACUGUCCAAGCAACCGAAGACAAUUCAAGCAAUAUGCCACUAUCACAGUUCGCUACCGGGGCACUAUGUUGAGAAGGUCAUGGACCGUUUCUUGCACUUAUUAAGGCAUAUCACAAAUCACAGGAGUUGGGCUUUACUCUCUAUUAGAGAUAUAUCAAUGUCAUCUCUCCAAGAGGAGCUACAGAUUCGUCACUAUAGCCUCCCUGGUCGCAGCCUCGCUGAUAUGGAAAUCGGGUCGGUUCACCAACUGGUCCGCCGUCAGACUCGGAGGACUCCCAAUCGCCCUGCCCUUGAGGGCACUGGUGGCGAUGUGAUAACCUACAUGGAACUGGAUCUCAUAUCCGACUUCAUGGCAGAAGACUUCCGGCACCUAUGGUUGAACACAAGUCGCUUGGACACUGGUAUUGCUGUGGAGAGUACUGUUGUGGUCGGUAUUAUGUUGCAAAGAUCACCUGCCGUUAUUAUCGCUAUAUUGUCUUGCUGGAAGGCUGGAUAUACAGUAGUCCUCGUUGAUCCCAGUCAACCUCACUUGAGGAAUGGCUACAUUAUAGAAGAUUCCAAGUGUGCUCUGUUGUUGGUGGAUGAAUCGUGGCAAGGCAGAGUCGGUGAACAUAUUGCGUGGAAAUAUGACUUUAAUGCAUUGAGGCACAGGGUGAAGACAUCGGGCUAUACCACCGAGGCAUAUCACGGAUCAGAAAUUGACCUCUCCCAAUACCUCUUCCGGCCAGCAUGGAUUCGGGUUACUUCAGGAUCCACCGGGAGGCCCAAAUGUACCCUGCACAAUCACGCAGCUUUUGGAUCCUCGAUUGCUAGUUACGCCGGGAGAAUACGUGCCUCUAAGACCUUACUUUUUUUCAACCCCAUCUCCUCUGCGUCCGGGAAUGCCAUUUGGACCUUUCUCACAAACGGCGGAUGCGUUUGCAUACCUCCCGAGGAGGAGAUUACAUCUGAUCUCACGGGUUGUAUCAACCGUUACCGCAUAGACGACAUCUGUAUCACUCCCUCGGCCAUCUCCCUCACAAGCCCGGACAAAGUCCCUGCACUGAAGACCGUCUCGCUCGUUGGCGAAGCGAUCCCGCGUUCUGUUGGGGAAAUCUGGAGUCAGCACGUGUCAUUGCUAAUAGGUUACGGUGCAACGGAAAUGAACUCCCACUCUUUGCCCUUCCACGAUGAGGCUACAGGGACUCUACCCCCUGCUCACCCACUUCCGACUUCCGACUACUCCGUCUACAUACUUCGACCAGGCACUAUGAAUCUCUGUCCUCUCUAUGUUCCGGGAGAGAUCUGCCUCAGCUCAACCUAUAUGAGCUCAGGAUACAUCAAUAGGCCUGACGCCACUUCUCAAGUCUUUGCAACUCAUCCGUUUCCGGGAGAUGCCGGACAUACCUACAUCUACCGAACAGGAGACUUGGGAAUGUUCAUUGGAGUCCGAAGUUUUGUCUUACUUGGCCGAGUCGACUUCCAGUUCAAGGUGGACGGCAAUCGGAUACAGCCGGAGGAGAUAGAGUCCAUCGUCAAUCAAGUACCCCAAGUAAUCAAAUGCAGGGUCAUUCUGGUCGAACCCUCAGUGGGACGUCCGGUAUCAACGUGUUGUGUGAUAUUGAAGGGGAAUCCAACAAACGGCCUUCAUACGGACAAUCGUUGGAAGGAUUUCGUGUCUGCGGCUGAAAAGGCUUGCGCUGCCCAUUUACCGGCGUACAUGAUGCCUCGCAGAUGGUUGCAAUUUGAGAAAUUCCCAGAGACACCCUCAGCGAAGAUAGACAAUGGAGCAUUGGCUAUAGAGGCGAAGCUCAUCAUCGACAAAACAAGUCCAAUCGCGUUGAGUGACGACCUUAGGGACCACCAAGGUCGCAUCUCCGUGCAAGGAAAGCUUUUCUUGGACCUAGUUCUCGAAAUUCUGACAGGCAAGGAUCCCGGUACAUUACCCUCCGAAGAACGCGAAAAGAUGCAAGUCCAAUCUUUCCUUGCUAAUGGAGGCACCUCUUUAUUGUCUCUGCGACUCAGGUCACAAUUAAGGGGACGAGGAGUUGAGAUUCCAAUUUCGCGACUAUACAGCCCACAGAGCCUGAUACAGGUGGCGUCCGAUUUCACUGCAGCAGAGAGAGAGGCGGAAGAGUUUCAUGUAGAAGCCACCGGACCCGCUCCAACAGUAACAGAAGCUCUGCUGCCAAUAAUGCCGAUCGAUCUCCAGCCGAAUCUCACGCUUUAUGAAACCGUCUUCCCAACUACCAUGCUUCAACGAGAGAUGUUCGUGAUGAGUAUGCUGGACCCGAAGCUAUGGAUUUUUUACCAAUUCUUCGAUCUUUCUCAAGUCAGCUGCACCACUUCUCAGCUUCAUGAAGCCAUUGGUCUUUUGGUGUCGAUAAAGCAAAAUCUACGGACGGUCUUUUCGCUUCUAAACGUGGAGAGCAAUCCAACAACGAUAGAACAUCCGGACAUUGCUUUCGAAUUGAUCAAGGAUGGCAAAUUUGUUCAGGCUAUUUUAAAGCCCGAUGUCAUCUGCGCGGAUUUUUCGCAAGAAGACGAAAUUGAGGAGCCCAAGGUGUUUUGGAGAAAAGACGUCAGCAGAAAGUGGUUAUUCGCACGACCACUCUGGAGAGUGGGAUUCCUGUCCAAACCGCGUCUACUCGCAUGGGCUUUUCACCACGCUAUUGUGGACGAAUGGGUAGCUCGUAAUAUCUCACGGGACCUUCAUGCUGUCCUAGCGGCAAUACUUCAGCGAGAUAGUUGUCAGCAGAAACAGCCACAGGCUUUGAUCGACGCUUGCGAAAAUGCAGCAAAGCCUUCUAUUGAGCAGUGGGUAAUUGCCCAUUACGGGAUUGAUGGACUCGAUGGUUCGCCAACACCUGUCGUUUCAAAACACAUAAAAGUCUGGGAGGACUUCAUGGCAAACGCGAGCCCCACUCCAAUACCUGACGAACUCAAGCUGUCCUACGACGCGCUACCAGCGCCUCCAUUAAUGCAGAAAAUCAACUCUCUUCCAUACGGUAAUUGGUGCCGACGGCAUCACAUCACGGCUGCCGCAUUGUUUCAUGCCGUUAGUGCCCUGACGAUUGCUCGGCUGCUGAACUGGUGGAGACCAGGUGGACCCCAACAACCGAUUGAAGAGGUAACCUACUACCGCAUCAGUUCAAACCGAGCCUCAGUCCAGGGUGCCUCGGAUAUGGAGGGCGCCUUGAUUUCCAUAAGUCCGAUGAGGGUUCCGGUUACUGCUGGUUCAGACGCCGUCACCAUUUCGCAGUGCGCUCUCAAUAAUUGGCUUGCAACACAGGAAUCAGAUCCGUACUACCUAGACGGACAACUAAUAGCUACAGGCCCUGAGCCAACGGCAAGACGUCGCCGUUGGGGUAAUGUGCUGCUGAACCACGUUAUUAACCAGAACCCAGACGGAGAUGCCAUGCCGUCCUUUCGCGGAGCCGUCGAAGAUCAAUCUGGCUUUGCUAUGGUUUGGCCAUUUGCAGUGUUGGAAAUCACAGUUGUAGAGAUGGAUUCUAGAAAAGCAGACGCGCUCCAGUUAUCUUUAUUGUCAAAUCUAGAACAACAGAGCACCGAGGAUUUCAUGGGUGUAUUUGUUCAAGUUCUACGGCUAGUCGUUGAGACUGAGAAUCUUCGUAAUGCAGCUAAUUACAAUCGCCCUACGUUAUGGGAGUCUUACUUCUCGAAAAUCGUGGAGGAGGAGGCAGCUUAG